CCAGCUUCUAAUUUGGAGACUUGGCCAGGUCGAGGCUGCUUUGAGAAUCAGUGCCUGGAGGCCAGCUCACCAGGUAGAGAGGCAGACAAGACAGACCAACCACACCGCCAGAGAGUGCCUGGUAAGGAAUGUGAUGGAAUCAGUAGCAUGUCUGCAGAGAGCGGCCCUGGGACGAGAUUGAGAAAUCUGCCAGUAAUGGGGGAUGGACUAGAAACUACCCAAAUGUCUACAACACAGGCCCAGGCCCAACCCCAGCAAGCCAACGCAGCCAGCACCAACCCCCCGCCCCCGGAGACCUCCAACCCUAACAAGCCCAAGAGGCAGACCAACCAACUGCAAUAUCUGCUCAAAGUGGUGCUCAAGACACUAUGGAAACACCAAUUUGCGUGGCCUUUCCAGCAGCCUGUGGACGCCGUCAAGCUAAACCUCCCUGAUUACUAUAAGAUCAUUAAAACGCCUAUGGAUAUGGGAACAAUAAAGAAGCGCUUGGAAAACAACUAUUACUGGAAUGCUCAGGAAUGUAUCCAGGAUUUCAACACUAUGUUUACAAAUUGUUACAUCUACAACAAGCCUGGAGAUGACAUAGUCUUAAUGGCAGAAGCUCUGGAGAAGCUCUUCUUGCAAAAAAUCAACGAACUGCCCACAGAAGAGACUGAGAUCAUGAUAGUCCAGGCAAAAGGAAGAGGACGUGGGAGGAAAGAAGCAGGGACGGCGAAACCUGGCGUCUCUACAGUACCAAACACGACGCAAGCAUCGACUCCUCCGCAGACCCAGACCCCUCAGCAGAACCCUCCGCCCGUGCAGGCCACACCUCACCCAUUCCCCGUGGUCACCCCAGACCUCAUCGUCCAGACCCCUGUCAUGACAGUGGUGCCUCCCCAGCCACUGCAGACGCCCCCUCUGGUGCCUCCCCAGCCACCACCCCCACCCGCACCAGCCCCCCAGCCUGUGCAGAGCCACCCACCCAUCAUCGCGGCCACCCCACAGCCUGUGAAGACAAAGAAGGGGGUUAAGAGGAAAGCGGACACCACCACCCCCACCACCAUUGACCCCAUUCACGAGCCGCCCUCGUUGCCCCCGGAGCCUAAGACCACCAAGCUGGGCCCCCGGCGGGAAAGCAGCCGGCCUGUGAAGCCCCCGAAGAAGGACGUGCCUGACUCGCAGCAGCACCCAGCACCGGACAAGAGCAGCAAGGUCUCAGAGCAGCUCAAGUGCUGCAGUGGCAUCCUCAAGGAGAUGUUCGCCAAGAAACAUGCAGCCUACGCCUGGCCCUUCUAUAAGCCCGUGGACGUGGAGGCGCUGGGCCUACAUGACUACUGCGACAUCAUCAAGCACCCCAUGGACAUGAGCACAAUCAAGUCUAAACUGGAGGCCCGUGAGUACCGCGAUGCUCAGGAAUUUGGUGCCGAUGUCCGAUUGAUGUUCUCCAACUGCUACAAGUACAACCCUCCUGACCAUGAGGUGGUGGCCAUGGCCCGCAAGCUCCAGGAUGUGUUCGAGAUGCGCUUUGCCAAGAUGCCGGACGAGCCUGAGGAGCCUGUGCUGGCUGUGUCUUCCCCUGCUGUGCCACCACCCACCAAGGUUGCGGCCCCGCCCUCAUCCAGUGACAGCAGCAGUGAUAGCUCCUCUGACAGUGACAGUUCAACUGAUGACUCCGAGGAGGAGCGAGCCCAGCGGCUGGCAGAGCUCCAGGAGCAGCUCAAAGCCGUGCACGAGCAGCUUGCAGCCCUCUCGCAGCCCCAGCAGAACAAACCAAAGAAAAAGGAGAAAGAUAAGAAGGAAAAGAAAAAAGAAAAGCACAGAAAGAAGGAGGAAGUGGAGGAGAGUAAGAAAAGCAAAGCCAAGGAGCUGCCUCCCAAAAAGACCAAGAAAAACAACAGCGGCAGCAGCAACGCAAGCAAGAAGGAGGCGGCUCCCAUGAAGAGCAAGCCCCCUCCCGCGUAUGAGUCAGAGGAGGAGGACAAGUGCAAGCCCAUGUCGUACGAGGAGAAGCGGCAGCUCAGCUUGGACAUCAACAAGCUCCCUGGCGAGAAGUUGGGCCGCGUGGUGCACAUUAUCCAAUCGCGGGAGCCUUCGCUCAAGAACUCCAACCCUGACGAGAUCGAGAUCGACUUUGAGACCCUGAAGCCGUCCACCCUGCGGGAACUGGAGCGCUACGUCACCUCCUGUUUGCGGAAGAAAAGGAAACCUCAAGCCGAGAAAGUUGACAUGAUUGCCGGCUCCUCCAAGAUGAAGGGAUUUUCAUCCUCGGAGUCUGAGAGCACCAGCGAGUCCAGCUCCUCUGAUAGCGAAGACUCUGAAACAGAGAUGGCUCCGAAGUCAAAAAAGAAGGGGCACCCUGGGAGGGAGCAGAAGAAGCACCAUCACCACCACCAUCAGCAGAUGCAGCAGGCCCCGGCCACCGUUCCCCAGCAGCCCCUGCCAGCACCUCAGCAACCCCCACCACCUCCACCUCCGCAGCAGCAACAGCCGCCGCCCCCACCACCCCCGCCUGCCAUGCCACAGCAGGCAGCCCCCACGAUGAAGUCCUCACCUCCACCCUUCAUCGCUGCCCAGGUGCCCGUCCUGGAGCCACAGCUCCCAGGCAGCGUCUUUGACCCUAUUGGCCACUUCACCCAGCCCAUCCUGCACCUGCCACAGCCUGAGCUGCCCCCACACCUACCCCAGCCACCUGAGCACAGCACUCCUCCUCAUCUCAACCAGCAUUCGGUGGUCUCUCCUCCAGCUUUGCACAACGCGCUGCCCCAGCAGCCGUCGCGGCCCAGCAACCGAGCUGCCGCCCUGCCCCCCAAGCCUGCCCGGCCCCCAGCCGUGUCACCCGCCCUGGCCCAGCCGCCCCUGCUCCCACAGCCCCCCAUGGCUCAGCCCCCCCAAGUGCUGCUGCAGGAGGAUGAAGAGCCACCCGCCCCACCCCUCACCUCCAUGCAGAUGCAGCUCUACCUGCAGCAGCUGCAGAAGGUGCAGCCCCCCGCACCAUUACUCCCUUCCGUGAAGGUGCAGUCCCACCCGCCACCCCCGGGCCAGCAGCCCCCCCAUCCGCCCCCAGGCCAGCAGCCACCCCCGCCGCAGCCAGCCAAGCCUCAGCAAGUCAUCCAGCAUCACCCGUCACCCCGGCACCACAAGUCAGACCCCUACUCAACCGGUCACCUCCGCGAAGCCCCCUCCCCGCUUAUGAUACAUUCCCCCCAGAUGCCUCAGUUCCAGAGCCUGACACACCAGUCGCCACCCCAGCAAAACGUCCAGCCGAAGAAGCAGGAGCUGCGCACGUCCUCUGUGGUCCAGCCCCAGCCCCUGGUGGUGGUGAAGGAGGAGAAGAUGCACUCACCCAUUAUCCGCAGUGAGCCCUUCAGCCCCUCGCUGCGGCCGGAGCCCCCCAAGCAUCCAGAGAACAUCAAGGCCCCAGUCCACCUGCCCCAGCGGCCUGAGAUGAAGCCUGUGGACGUUGGGAGGCCAGUGAUCCGGCCCCCUGAGCAGAAUGCACCCCCACCAGGGGCCCCUGACAAGGACAAACAGAAACAGGAGCCGAAGACACCAGUUGCACCCAAAAAGGACCUAAAAAUCAAGAACAUGGGUUCCUGGGCUAGCCUGGUGCAGAAGCAUCCCACCACCCCGUCGUCCACAGCCAAAUCCUCGAGUGACAGCUUUGAGCAGUUCCGCCGUGCUGCUCGAGAGAAGGAGGAGCGCGAGAAGGCCCUGAAGGCGCAGGCCGAGCACGCAGAGAAGGAGAAGGAGCGGCUGCGGCAGGAGCGCAUGAGGAGCCGAGAGGAUGAGGACGCGCUAGAGCAGGCGCGGCGAGCCCAUGAAGAGGUACGCCGGCGCCAGGAGCAGCAGCAGCAGCAGCGGCAGGAGCAGCAGCAGCAGCAGCAGCAACAGGCAGCUGCCGUGGCCGCCGCCGCCGCCGCCCCCCAGCCCCAGAGCUCCCAGCCCCAGUCCAUGCUGGACCAGCAGAGGGAGUUGGCCCGAAAGCGGGAGCAGGAGCGAAGACGCCGGGAAGCAAUGGCAGCUACCAUUGACAUGAAUUUCCAGAGUGACCUAUUGUCAAUAUUUGAAGAAAAUCUUUUCUGAGAGCGCCUCGGUGACUUCUGACUUUGAUUUUCUGGCAAAACGUUGACUCUCCAUAGUGUUAGGGGCGGCAGUGGAAGCGGUAGCAGUGGCAAGGGGGUGUCUCCGGGCCUGGCCCUCCUGCAUGCUACGCCCGGGGCAGGCCUGAUGGGCAGCUGAGGAUUGCAGAGCCUGUCUGCCUUACAGCCAGCCGGACAUCCCGCCACCCCUCAGGACGUCAGCCCAGAGCACGCCUCACCACGAGCAAGUGCCGGCCAGACCCAAGUCCGCGUCCCUGCGUGCAGGGCAGAGGCCCUUCUCUCCGCCAAAUGUCUACACAGUAUACACAGGACAUUGUUGCUGCCGCCACCGUGACUGGUUUUCUGUCCCCAAGAACAUGGCGAUUGUGACAUUCUGCCCGCCGGGAGUCCUUCCCUACACCCCAGCCACCACCACCCGCUCCCAGGAGACCAGGGCAGGCCCACGUGAGCUGGAGGCAGGCCAAGGCACCGGCUCACCCCCUUGCUGGCACUGACUUUGCCUUGAACAGACCCCACCCCUCCCCUCCCCCCACAAGCCUUUAAUUGAGAGCCGCUCUCUGUAAGUGUUCGCUUGUGCAAAAGGGAAUAGUGCCGUGGAGGUGUGUGUGUGUCCAUGGCAAUCCGGAGUGAGGUGACUAUCACACACGUGUGUGGGCCAGCCUCACCCGGCGAGUGAGGCCACCAACCAAAGUCAGUUCCUUCCCGAACCUGUGUUUCUGGGUUUUUUUUCUAUAUAUAUAUUUUUUGUUGGAUUCUAUUUUAUUUUUAAUUCUCUCUUCUCCUCCAGACACAAUGGCACUGCUUAUCUCCAAAAUGGUGUGAUCGUCUCCUCGUUGAGCGGCGGCUGUCACCGCGCCGUGGGUAGUGUGUGACCGUGGCUGUACUGUGUAGUGAAACAUAGUUGGCAUAUCUUUAUUUGAAGUUUGUUGGUGACUCCACCGAACUGGUGUAAAAAAAUCAGAAAAAAAAAAACCCAGAAAAAAACAAUACAAAACACACAAAACACACAAAAAACUGCCUAUAUUUUACUUAUUUUCAAACUUUAUUAGUCUAUUUUUAAUUAUAAAACCAGAAAACUGCGUUUUCUUUUUCCUUUUUCCCCCUUAUUUGUUGGCUGCUUGUUUGUUUUUUAACGUCACAUCUGUUUGAGUUGUUUUUACCAGGAAAGGAAGGGCCAGGGCCCAAGGUGGGUGCCAGGGGAUGGGGCCACAGGCCGAGGCAGAAGCUCCCCGCCCGGCACCCAGCCCGACCAGCCAGCUGCCCUUUCCCCCACUGUUUUGUUAAUUUUAUAAUUGGAGCCCUUGGUGAGGUUACACGUGCCAUGAGAACCCACUCUACACCACGAUGCUGGUGCCUCGGUGUCGGCCAAACUUGGGAGUCACUGACUGGUUUGACUUUCCUACGGUGAAUAUGCAUUUGGUCUGUACUGAUCAUGGAAUAAACACAUCUCUCUUUUUUAA